AUGGGGACUGUACCUGACCCUUUGAGAUCAGCUAAAACUUCCUUGAUCACAGCUUCUGGAAAAGAAGAGGAUCUAGGAGAAGUGCAGCCUGCCUCCCCUCGGUCUCCACCAGCCGUCUUGUGUGAGAACACCAAUGGCCUUUCCAGCACUCCUGCAGAGCCAGACCUCAGCCCCAGUGCAGCUGCUGAGGUCCUGAUGCAGGCCUUUGAGCAUGAGACCACCCAGCCAGACAUGUCUUCUCCUGGUGUCUUCAAUGAGGUGGAAAAAGUGUCUCCUCCAUGCAGUUCUGACAAUACCCAGCUGCCAGGAAGCAGUGAGCCCACAGCACCAGCCCCAUGUUCUGCAGCAGGAAAGGAUCUCAUAGAUGAAGCAUUUACAAUGCCAGCCAACCAACACACCCACCAGGCGACCCCAAGUGACCAGCUCAAUGCCAGCCCCUUAUCAGGACCUGAAGAUACUCUGCUGAAAACACAGAGAACCUCGGAUGGGGAGAUUCUUGAAAAACCUGAAAAGUCACAUUGCCCUGUGGGAAGCACCCAGAGCAACAGCAAAGACCAAGUGCCCUGUGAUUUUUCUUCUCAAAAAACAAUCCAGGGAAUGCUGCAGACUGCAAAUACAGCAGCCAAGGUGUUCAGUCACUCCUCGUCUCCUGUAGGCCAACCCAAAGGAGCAAGGCCAGGAGCCAUAUGCGACUCCCAGACAAGGUCCUGUGACUCUCCCGCGAAAGAAGGAUGUUCAGGGAACAAACAGCCCUCAGCCACCACCUCAGACAGCCAGUCUGUGACUUCUGUGACACCUCAACCACCCCACCUCACUAGCAAAGUCUCCACACGUCCUCCAGAUCAGGUGUCAAGGUUCAAAGAAGCAAGUACAAUGACCAACGAAGCUGCAAGGGAGGUCACGGAAGCUCCCGACAGGGCUCGGCAAGAUGCUGGGGUGCAGGCAGUGGCAAGUGUGGAGAGCAGAUCGGUCUCCACCAGCCCCAGCAUCCUCGCUGCAUUCUUAAAGGAAACCCCAAUUCCUGAGCGUUUGGAACAAGAGCAGCUGCGUGUCAUUUGCAAUGGCAGCGGCAGUGGGAGCCACACGCUGGAGCUAUCUGACAACAUCCACUCCCCCCAAGGGUCAGGUCCGUGCCCCGGCAUCAUGCCAGAAGUGCACAUCCAGGCAGCUGCCACUGUUUCCACAGCUCUCCAAGGGGAAUGCAAACUGGUGAGCUUACCGAGGGAGGUCCUUAAGAUCUCAUCCAUCACCGUGGCAUCCGGUAAUACUCAGGAUCUGUGUAAGGAAGAUACAGGGUCUGCGGGAAUGACCCCAGCAAGGGAAGAGCCCACCUCUAAACAGCUUUCAGGUGUGAAUUCUAGGUCCCUGAAAGCCAGCCCCACUGACCAGAUUUCUUUCAGUGCGGGAAGUCAAACCGAAACAAAUCAUGAAUUGAGGAAAGUUGAAACCAAGCCAUCUGAGUUUGCAGUGAAAACCACAGAUGGUCACGAAACAAACCCAGACUGCCAACUCUCUGACUCUUGUGGUCCUGCCAACAAAGCCGACCAGCCCGGGAGCCUGGAUCCCACUGACAAAGGAGAUGCAAGAGAGAAGCAGCCAGCAUCUCCUCAGAUAGUAAAACAAGAAUGUAGAGGCACCGAUAUCCUUGAUGCCAGGGCCAGGGCAGAGGCCAAAACCCUGCUGCUCAAUCCUAAAUCUCAAGAAAGUGGAGGCACUGGGUCAGCUGCUAGUCCUACGCCCUCCCCAGUGAGGAAGAACCAGGAGGGUACCCUGGAGGAAAAUAGACAGACCAAGACAGCCACCAGCCUGAGCCUCCCAUCCGAUUCCAUGGGUGACUCCAGUCCAGGUUCUGGCAAGAGGACCCCUUCUCGCCUGGUCAAAGCCAGCCCACGGCGGGCCAGCCGAGUCAGCGAGUUCCUCAAGGAGCAAAAGUUAAAUGUGACCGCGGCUGCCGCCCAGGUGGGACUCACCCCAGGAGAGAAGAAAAAGCAGCUGGGCGCCGACUCCAAGCUGCAGUUGAAACAGUCCAAGCGUGUCAGGGACGUCGUGUGGGAUGAGCAGGGCAUGACCUGGGAAGUGUAUGGUGCCUCCCUGGACCCAGAGUCCCUGGGUAUCGCAAUCCAGAACCAUCUACAAAGACAAAUCAGGGAACAUGAGAAAUUAAUCAAAGCUCAAAACAGCCAGACCCGGAGAUCCAUUUCCUCAGAUACUUCUUCAAAUAAAAAGCUCAAAGGAAGGCAGCACAGUGUUUUACAGUCCAUGCUGCAGAACUUUCGACGCCCCAACUGCUGUGUUCGUCCUGCCCCUUCUUCUGUGCUAGACUGA